CUUACAUGACACAACGUUCCGCAGAUUGAUAUGAUUCUCACAGAUUAUAGGUCGUCAUACGAAACUCCGUUCUUUGGAGCAUGGAUCAGUAUGGCGCGGGAGGAUGGACCUGUUAUCUGAUCAUCUAAUCAGUGAUCCGACCACUAAGUCAGGUGAACAGUAUCGCACAAAUCCGAUCUAUAAAAGGCUGGCGAAACCCCCGCUUAACAGAGGUUCAUUACCCUCAUCAUUAGCCCUCUCAUCUCCUACUACUUGAACUAUUCCAACAAUGAAGUUUUCCAUCAUCAUCUUCACAAUCGCCUCGGUGUCUACCGCUAUGGCUGCUGCUCUCCCUGAAUCUGAAGUUGAGAUUCCUGGCAAGCUUGUUUCUCGCGACGAGUUCGAACUUGCUAUCCGCCAGGCGGGAUGCUCUGCUUGUAUUCAAGGCAUUCGAUGCUGCAACGGCUCCUGCAUGCGUGGAUGUUAAGUCUUAUACACGCGCUCACGCGAAUCUGAAUGAGGGCCACCUGGUUCGCUUCAAAUGACGGAAGCUCAUGCAUGCCUAAGGAAGUUUAUUGCGCGAGAAUCGAACUUUUCUAUCCGAAACUUGAC